AAACUCAAUUUAACCGCAUGGUUCAUUUCCUGUACCUGUGUAACCUCUGUAACUGUUUCCUGUGCUGUGCCGGCAGUCUAGAGUAGUGAGCUAAAGUUGAGGAUCUCAGUUGAGAGACAAUGGCUAAACUGACAAAACGGAACCAUCCACCAUUCUGUUUUUUUGCCUUCAUAAACCUAGUCCAAGCUAUGCAUGGACUCAGAAUAGAGUAUGAUGCAGAGGUGGCUGCAUCACCCGGUGAGAAUGUCACUUUAAAAUGCAUUCUAUCAGGACAAGAGAACUCUUCAGUUGUCCAAAUCCAAUGGGGAAAAGAAACCAAUAAUGGCCCACAAAUUAUGUUAAUUGCAAAUAAAGUUUAUGGCAUCCAUUCCUUUCUGGACUCCAUUAACUUUGAAUCCCACUCACCAACCGAUGGAAUGGCAAGUAUUUCUGUCAUGAACGUACAAGUGUCUGCCUCUGGAACGUACACGUGCUCAGUCGUCACCUUUCCAGAUGGAAGUUUCAAGGCAUCAAUCGUUCUCACUGUUGCCAAAAAAGUUCAACCAACAACUCCACAAAUCUAUGAGGAAUUAACUUAUUUUACUUCAAAUAAACUACAACUGGCAAGUAUUUUACUUUUUACCAUCAAUAAAAUAAUGUGA